GAAGGCGGGGGAAGAACUCAGUUUUAUAUUGAGACAUUACGCCGGCUGAAGACAGAGAAUGUUUUUCCCUGCCAGGACCUGAUGCAAUCCAUUCAAGCCAACAAGUUUGGAGAGAAUGUUGAGUUCAAUCAAUUCAGAACGUCGAGAUGGAGCCCAACUCACUCCAGUGGGUCGGCUCACCGUGUGGCUUGCACGGACCUUACAUUUUCUACAAGGCUUUUCAAUUCCACCUUGAAGGCAAACCAAGAAUUUUGUCCCUUGGCGACUUUUUCUUUGUAAGAUGUACGCCAAAGGAUCCGAUUUGCAUAGCGGAGCUCCAGCUGUUGUGGGAAGAGAGGACCAGCCGGCAACUUUUAUCCAGCUCUAAACUUUAUUUCCUCCCAGAAGAUACUCCCCAGGGCAGAAAUAGCGACCAUGGCGAGGAUGAAGUCAUUGCUGUUUCCGAAAAGGUGAUUGUGAAGCUCGAAGACCUGGUCAAGUGGGUACAUUCUGAUUUCUCCAAGUGGAGAUGUGGCCUCCAGGCUGGGUCCCUGAAGACAGAGGCCUUGGCGAGGAAUGGACAGAAGGAAGCUCUGCUCAAGUACAGGCAGUCAACCCUGAACAGUGGGCUCAACUUCAAAGACGUUCUCAAAGAAAAGGCUGACCUUGGAGAGGACGAGGAAGAAACGAACGUGAUAGUUCUCAGCUACCCCCAGUACUGCCGGUACCGCUCGAUGCUGAAACGCAUCCAGGAUAAGCCAUCUUCCAUUCUAACGGACCAGUUUGCAUUAGCCCUGGGGGGCAUUGCAGUGGUCAGCAAGAACCCUCAGAUCCUGUACUGUCGGGACACCUUUGACCACCCAACACUCAUAGAAAAUGAGAGUAUAUGUGAUGAGUUUGCGCCAAAUCUUAAAGGCAGACCGCGCAAAAAGAAACCAUGCCCACAGAGAAGAGAUUCAUUCAGUGUUGUUAAAGAUUCCAACAACAAUUCUGAUGGCAAAGCCAUUGCAAAGGUGAAAUGUGAGGCCAGGUCUGCCUUGACCAAACCGAAGAAUAACCAGAAUAACUGUAAAAAAGUCUCAAAUGAAGAAAAACCAAAGGUGGCCAUUGGUGAGGAGUGCCGGGCAGAUGAGCAGGCCUUCCUGGUGGCGCUCUAUAAAUACAUGAAAGAAAGGAAGACGCCAAUAGAACGAAUACCCUAUUUAGGUUUUAAACAGAUUAACCUUUGGACUAUGUUUCAAGCUGCUCAAAAACUGGGAGGAUAUGAAACAAUAACAGCCCGCCGUCAAUGGAAACACAUUUAUGAUGAAUUAGGCGGUAAUCCUGGGAGCACCAGCGCCGCCACUUGUACCCGCAGACAUUAUGAAAGAUUAAUCCUGCCUUAUGAAAGGUUUAUUAAAGGAGAGGAAGACAAGCCCCUGCCUCCAAUCAAACCUCGGAAACAGGAGAACAGUUCACAGGAAAAUGAGAAUAAAACAAAAAUGUCGGGAACCAAACGCAUCAAACAUGAAAUCCCUAAGAGCAAGAAAGAAAAAGAGAAUGCCCCAAAGCCCCAGGACGCAUCCGAGGUUUCAUCAGAACAAGAAAAGGAGCAAGAAACUUUAAACCUGAAAAGCAGCACUGAGCCUCUCCCAGCAGCAGACAUGAAGAAAAAAAUGGAAGGGUACCAGGAUUUUGCAGCGAGGCCCCUGGUGUCUACAGCGGACCCAGAAAAGGACAGCAAAACAGAUCAAGGUGCCAACAGUGAGAAGGUGGCAGAGGAGGCAGGAGAGAAGGGACCUGCACCUCCACUCCCGAGUGCCCCUCUGGCCCCUGAAAGAGACCCCGGGGCUGGCAAACAGUCUCUCGCCUCUCCUAAUGCUCUUGUGGACUCAAAAUCUGAACCCAAACCCUGCUGUUUUACAGAGAGCCCUGAGAAUGAACUCCAAGACACAUCCUUCCCUGGCUUCCCCAGCACGCAGCCACCACUGGCAAACCAGAGUGAGGUGGACGAUGACAAAGUGCCCGCGAUGGCAGAUUACAUCGCCAACUGCACUGUGAAGGUGGACCAGCUGGGCAGUGACGACAUCCACAAUGCACUAAAGCAGACCCCAAAGGUCCUUGUGGUCCAGUCAUUUGACAUGUUCAAAGACAAAGACCUGACUGGGCCCAUGAAUGAGAACCAUGGGCUCAACUACACCCCCCUGCUCUACUCAAGGGGCAACCCAGGCAUCAUGUCCCCACUGGCUAAGAAAAAGCUUUUGUCCCAAGUGAGUGGGGCCAGCCUCUCCAGCAGCUAUCCCUAUGGCUCCCCACCCCCUCUGAUCAGCAAAAAGAAACUGAUUGCCAGGGAUGACCUGUGUUCAGGUUUGUCCCAGGCCCACCACGGCCAAAGCACUGACCACAUGGCGGUCAGCCGGCCGUCAGUGAUUCAGCACGUGCAGAGUUUUAGGAGCAAGCCCUCUGAGGAUAGAAAGAGCAUCAAUGACAUUUUUAAGCAUGACAAACUGAGUCGAUCGGAUCCCCACCGCUGCAGCUUCUCCAAGCACCACCUCAGCCCCCUUGCUGACUCCUAUGUCCUGAAGCAAGAAAUCCAGGAGGGCAAGGAGAAACUCUUAGAGAAAAGGGCACUGCCCCACUCCCACAUGCCCAGCUUCCUGGCCGAUUUCUACUCCUCUCCUCAUCUCCACAGCCUCUAUAGACACACGGAACACCAUCUUCAUAAUGAACAGACAUCCAAGUACCCAUGCAGGGAUAUGUACAGGGAAUCGGAAAACAGUUCUUUUUCCUCCCACAAACACCAAGAAAAGCUCCACGCAAACUAUCUCUCCUCUGUACACCUGCAAGACAAAAAGUUGGCUGCAGCAGAAGCCACCACGGAUGACCAACCAACGGAUCUGAGCCUUCCCAAGAACCCACACAAACCCACAGGCAAGGUCCUGGGUCUGGCUCACUCAGCCACAGGGCUCCAAGAGAGCAAAGGUGUCUCCCAGUUCCAGGUCAUAAACAGCCACAGUCGAGACUGUCACCCCAAAGCCUGUCGGGUAUCACCCAUGACCAUGUCAGCUCCUAAAAAAUACCCUGAAGCGCUCUCAAGGUCAAGCAAACCUCACCACGUGAGACUGGAGAAUUUCAGGAAGAUGGAAGGCAUGGUCCAUCCUAUCCUGCACCGGAAGAUGAGCCCUCAGAACAUAGGUGCAGCGCGUCCCAUAAAGCGCAGCCUGGAGGAUUUGGACUUCAUGAUUGCUGGGAAAAAGGCCCGGGCCGUGUCUCCCCUGGACCCCUCCAAGGAGGUCUCUGGGAAGGAGAAAGCCUGUGAGCAGGAGAGCGAAGGCAGCAAGGCAGCUCACAGUGGGCAUUCUGGUGGUGCAUCGGAAGGCCACAAGCUCCCCCUCUCCUCCCCUAUCUUCCCAGGUUUGUAUUCUGGGAGCCUGUGUAACUCGGGCCUCAACUCCAGGCUUCCAGCAGGGUAUUCUCAUUCUCUGCAGUACUUGAAAAACCAGACUGUUCUUUCUCCACUCAUGCAGCCCUUGGCUUUCCACUCACUUGUGAUGCAAAGAGGAAUUUUUACCUCGCCAACAAAUUCUCAGCAGCUGUACAGACACUUGGCUGCGGCCACACCUGUAGGAAGUUCAUAUGGGGACCUCUUGCACAACAGCAUUUACCCAUUAGCUGCUAUAAAUCCUCAAGCUGCCUUUCCAUCUUCCCAGCUGUCAUCCGUGCACCCCAGUACAAAACUGUAAGCCCAGCUCUGCCCAGCAUCCCAAGUGGUGUGGCUAGAAGAGCUUCACUCCUUACCUGGGGGUGAUGGCUUGUAGAAUUAGAAGUCAGUAUUUCUUCUAAUCUGGGGGUAAGAUCAGUUCCAGCCAAAGUGGCCAAGAGAGGAGGCGAGCAUGCCUGAUUUUUCUGGGGCAACACCAGCCUCGGCUGGUCUGUCUUGAGUCCCUUCCAACACAGAUGCCCCCGUACCCCAGAUGGUUCACUUCACACAGGGGUCUCAUGAAUGGAUUUAUGUGUGACCAGGAAGAACUCUGAGGACCCCGAGUUCCCAUGGUCAGGAAACAAUCUGGGCGAAAAGGGGGCAGGCAUUUCAAAGGAAGGGGCAAGGAAGACUGGCAAACCUAUGCCACGGGAUGCCCCAUUUUCAUAAAACUCUCCAAGGUUCAAUCAAUGCAAUGUAUAGUGAAACUUCCAUCGAUCUUUUGUUUUGACACUAUUAAACAAUCCAGAGAAGUAAACACUGUUAAAUUGACUGUAUAUAUUUGCUUCUUAAAACUACCCGUAUCACUGUUUGCUCUCCUAAUUUAUAUACAGGUAGUUCCAUUUUCUCCCAGUUCCUUCUUGUCCCUUUAUUAUUAUUUUUUUAAUUAAACAGUAUCACUUUUGUUUGCAGGUCUUCUGUUUUUGUUUUGUUUUGUUUUGUUUUGUUUUAAAGGCUAACUGACUGUCCUAGUUGUUCAUGUGUGUCUGUAAUUUUUUCCACAUCUUAUCAUUUCGAGCAGCUUUGGGUGGUAAAGUUAUUGUUUACAAAUUGAAGCAACUGAUUCUAGUGGAACAAAUGAAAAAGAAACAUUUGAGCACACCAUAGUGCAAAGAACGUUCCUUUGCAGAUCCACAACUUCUGGACUUUGUUCCUCAUAAAUGGCAUAGUUGAAAGAGCUCAUACACUGCUUACCCGACCAAAUGCUUUGCUUUGAAGUAUUGGGUGAUGUGAAAAUAUCAAGCAUUGUACUUACCUUAUCUAGGCUGUGAAACUGUUCUACAUACCAGAGAAAUCAUAAAAACAAAAACUUCACUGGCAGCAAGCUGCCGAAUAACAACAGAGUCUAGAGGACAUACUUGUGGGCUGCACAGAUAUUUUAGGAAUUCCAGAAAUUAGAACAGGAGCCAGAAUGAUUUACAUUGGUGUUGGCCCUGAUCCCUCUAAGCAGUCCGGGAAAGGGGGUUGGGAAGAGGAUGGAGCUCGACUACCCAGAAGAACACAAGCAGCCAGAGGCCCACGCUCCAGGCACCUUCCCUGGGCUGUGGACUCUGGGGUGAUAGGUAGUCAUGUUGCCUUCAUCACGUUGAUUUCUUGUUUCCAAGAAGAACUUUCCAGGCCACAUGUGUGGAGCUAAUUGGCAUACUGGAUUACCCAUUCAAAAGAAAGUCAUCCUGUUUGGGUUUCCUGGGCAUGGGUUUUGUGUGUAUGUUCUCACUUACGGUGGUUGGUGUCAUGUUUGUGACCACCUGGCAAUACAGCCCGCUUUAUAAUUUAUCGUAGUGUUGGAAAGAAAGGGUCAAGCUGUGCAAGCAGUCAAAGUAUGUGGAGAAUGUAUACUGUCAUUCUUGCCACUUCGUUGCAUUUGCUGCCAAGAUAUAACAUCAAGGUGGAUGCAUUUUCUAAGUAUGUUAAAAGUCGAUCCAUGCAGAGUGAUUUUCUUUCCAAGUCCCAUCCCUGCUGAUAAGAAUGCUUUGACAAACUCCCAGCCAACCCUCCCCUCCCCAACACUACCAGUAGGCAUUAGGACCAUAGUUAACCAGUCUUUUACCUCUGAGAUAUUUAAUUCUAUGAAAAUUGAUGACAAUUUUCAACUGAUAAAUAGGUAACUCAACUGCAAAAUAAUCAAAACUGGUAAACAAUGAAACUGCGGCUCUUAAACGAAGCCAUGCAUGCCGUGCAUUUGUAUUGAAAUGUCUCCAUGAUACGAAGCCAAAUAUUCAAUGUAACGUACUUAAUAUCCAAAGGUGGAAACAAAAGAAUGUAGAGAUCUAGUGUUAAGAGUUCCAUUUGCUUCAAUUAAUUAUUUACCUUCCUGUGGAAUAAUAUAUAUAUAUUUAAUAGAACCAUAGAUAGACUAGUAGAAUUUAGAUUAUAAAUGUGUGAGUGCAGAUUGUCCUGCUAUUGCACAAGAUAGAGGGGGGAAAAUCUCAAUUCCAGCUGGCAAAACGCUAACCACGACCAAUCCUAAGAAAGUUGCACUAGAUUGGUCACAGAAUCAGAGGACGUGGAAGAUGAAGUGAACUCCAGUGUUUCUGCGGCAGACGUGGGCUAGAUCGGACGUGGUUCCUAUGAGUUUGUUUCCCAAAGAAAAUGGGGGGCCGUCUGUCCCUGGUGGAGCUCACCUAUCCAUUUGGAAUAUGGGGCAUUUGUUUUCCCCACUGGGAUGAUUUCAGUCUGCUUUCAUCAUGUUGGAAUUUGAUCACACCAUUUUCAAACAAUGUUAACAUAGUCCAGCUUUUGUUUUUCUCUUCUCUUCCAAGAGGAGACUCACUGUUUCUGUCUGAGGAAGCUCAUACCCUCAGCAAAACAUCAGGACAAAUAAAGAGAAAUGGGGGCACACAUUCCCAACAGAAGCAGUGUGUUAUUUGUUUUAAAACUCCGCACAGAGAUCUUGGAAAUCUUUCAAAAAGACCAUUGAAUUCUUCAUUGGCUGAGAACUACAUUUUAAAAAGUCUUAAAUAGGGCUUUGUUUGCAUUGUUUGAGUUCAAGGGGCCUUAUUAUUGAAUGGAAUUGCACAAGCCUUUCUUUGUGCAAUCAGACCAUUGUUAUUGGUAGUUCUGUAAAGGAAACUGUGGGAUCUAAUUGGCAAUGGAGUCAUAAAUCUAUUUACUGAGUGUGGCUUCCAAGAAAUGUUGCAAUUCAAAAUGCACUAAGUCCGUGAUUUACUGGAGAUUUGGAGAUUCUAAAUAAUAUUUUUUAAAAGCCUUUCCAUGCAACUUCUGAUUUAACUUUUGGCAACUCAACAUAAAAAAAGAGAAAACAGCCCAAGUUUCAGAAUAAAGUAUUCUCCUAUUAAGUGAUUGGAACUUGUAAUAUUUGCCACAGGACUGACUUAUUUAUUUACUAGCUAGAAGCUGUUAAGUUCACUUGUUUAUCAGGGCAUAUACAGAAGGGUUUGUUACAACUAAAUGUUGAUUUUACAACUUUCUGACCUGGUGCAUGAAUUCUCAAGUACUGUAUUUCACUGUGUUGGUGUGUCUGAUGGAAAUUUCGAGGUGAUCCUACAAAAAUAUUUUAUGUAGUGUGCCUUCAAAGAGAACCAUUUAUUUCUCUUCACUUGUGUCCCACAAAGUCACAUUUGGUGGUGGUCAGCCAAGUCCCAUCUGGUCCAGUUUUACUCUUGUCCCAAUUUUAAAGAGAUAUGGGAACAAGUGUGCCCACACCAUUGCAAUGAUUAUCUUAAGCACUUAAAUUCCAGUGUUGGCUGUUGAUGUAUUUGAUAUUCUGCUUGUCUCCCCAUGGUUGAAAUAUGUCUGAAGAAUAGCAGCAUAAUCUCUUGGCUGUUUAUACUUUUUUAAAUUUUCCUGUGUUGUAAAUAUUGUACACUUUUGGUGAUUCCAGCUAUGUAACCUCUGCUCUGUAAGGUGAUUAUUUGUAUAUAGCAACAUGGCCCAGUGAUAUUAUAUAGUUUCUCAAUGGAGAGGUUAUUGAGUAACCUUUGCAUUAGUUUAAACACUACCAGAAGAAUGCUGAGCCAACUAUAAACACUCAAUUUUGUAUGUUUUCCAAAUUGUACUUAUUACUGCUUUUGAUACUGUAUUACGUGCCAAUAGUUUCCCAAUCACAUAGCAGGCAAGAGAUAUUUUGUACUUUUUGAUCCACUGUAAUAUUUAAUAAAAAAUGUUACUAUCUGUU